GUGCUUAACUUUCAUUCGUAUAUUACAGACGAGAAACAGUUAACCGUAGAUCUCGAGAAGAUACGUGAAAAUAUUGCUUUCUUACUUCGUCCAUAUUUUUAUGAUGAAUCAAUCAAUGAAAUAAUAACAGAACAGCUAAGCUAA